UUUUCUUUUGAGGUCGUUCAAGAACACAACCAGAAAAUAACAUGCAUUGCCACGGACCUAACUCGGCGCUACGACGCCAAAGCAACCUAAGAAAGUGCACGCGAUUGUGACACUUCACUACCCAAAUCAUCUGAAGCCUUCAGAAGGCUUCUUUAGAAAAUGCACUUUAGAAAAUGCAUCGUUUUGUUGUUGGUUAUUUUUCUAGCUCGUGAAUCAGAUUCCCUUGUCAGACCCCGUUACUUUUGUCCUGCUGACUUUGUUCGUCUUGGUAAUGGGUGCUAUUAUUUUAGCUCGUACAUCGCUAGUUGGCAGAAUGCACAUUUUGCAUGUCGCGAUCAUGGAGCUCAGUUAGCAGUACUUGAUAGUCGCUGGGAAGACAACACAAUUCAAACGUAUCUCUCGCGCCCAGAAUUUGCUCGUUUGGAGAGAUGGAUUGGCGGAUUGUAUGACUGGAGCGGCCAGAGGUGGCUUUGGGGAGCAACGGGACAACCUAUGAGCUUCCUGGGUUUCGGAGAAUUGAGUGAAGGGCGAUUACGUGAAUGGCAUUGUGUUUACAUGGAUCCUGAACAAGGUCACAGAUGGAACCACAAACUUUGUACAAGAAACCUCCACUAUAUCUGUGAGCUACCUUUGACCAAAGCUUCCCCAGCCCAAAUUUUGCAAUGAAUUUCCUUAACAUGGAGAAAAACUAAAUUUCUAACUUACCCUGAUAUAGGUGCAAAGUGCAUCACCUUUCACCUGUCCAUUCUCAUCCCUGUAGAGUUUAAUUUUGUGUUUUCCAGUUUCCAAGUCUUUUUCAAUCAUCCCACACUUUUGCAUGAACUCAACAACCUCUUCCUCAUUUAUCUCAGUGGGAAGGUUUGUGACAUAAACCUUAGUGUUCUUGGUUUCAUCAAGUUCAAACCAACUUGGCUCACUGACUUGUUUCUUUUCUAAUUUUGGCUGUGGUUCUUUUGUGUGUAUGUGUGGUUCUGGUAUUGGUUCUGGCUCUGCAAUUACAUUUUCACCAUAACUUAACUGAUAUCGAGCAAUAAAUUCUUCAUCCAAUUUCGGAAA